AUGUCACUGGAGCUGGAUGACAGAGCCACCCUCCCCUCAGGCCUCCUCUUCACCCAAGGGGAUACUACUCCUUCACGCGAUCGAGGCAGCAACUCCCCUGCUGCGUCUCCCCCCGAUAAAAUUGUCUCGCCUGCAGAACUGCCUCCGCUGCCAAGGCCCCCCUCCCCCCCUCUGGAGCAGUUCCUUCUUGCUGCACCGCUGCGGUGUCUCGAGUCUGUCUGCGCCUUCCUAGACUUGCCCUCCUUCCUCUGUCUCCUCUCGCUCAACUCCCCGCUGCUCGCUCUCUCCGAGUCCUCUGAUCUCCAGCCUUGCUGGAUGCGCUUCGCGUUGCUGCAGCGCGUUAUCCGCCUUGACGAGCAUCUCCUCUCCCCGCAGCAGUCUCCCUCCCUCUCUUUGCCGCAGUGUGGGGCAGUCUGCUCCCACAGCAGCGGCAGCGGCUGCAAGGAUGGACGCAGAAAGGCUUCCUUCAAGGGCAGUAAAGAACAGACCUCCCUCCUUUCCGCCGCACAGACCCUCUGCCACCUCCUUCCACGCGUGAGUCGCAGGGAUUUCAUAAGGAUCGGCAGCUUGAAUGCCAACUGGCGAUCGCAAAAAUAUGACUCCGAACAACGUCUCCCCCUCCUGCCAUGCUCCGAGGAGGCCUUAGACAGGGUCGUUGUGCUGCCCUCCCCUCCCCUCUGCGCGUCUGUCUCCGCCUUCUCCGUCUCCCCCAAUGCAGGCUUCCCCUUGCAGCUGCUGCCCUUCUCCGUCAGCCCUCCCCCAAGCUCGCAGGCUGCUGCCAGAGGCUCCUUCGCCGGCGCGGCAGACGGCAGCAAGUCUUCUGACGAGGACGUGCGCCUCUUCACAGUCCUCCCAAGCGGCCGCGUCUUUGUGAGCGACGCCUCCGUCGGGAGCACAAGGGCCUCGCGGGGGCCCUCCCCGAGCCUCCGAACUCCUUCUGUAGAAGUUCAACUGCCAAUGCUUCCCUCCAGAGUGCCUCGCCAUCCCGAUCCGCUGAUCAGCUUCGGCGCUUAUGCCCCCAAGGGAUGGCUGCUCGGAGAAGACUGCGCUGCGACGCCUCCUCAGCGGCAGCAGCAGCAGCACAGAGGGGCCAACGCUGCUGCGAGUGGCAUUCCUGCUACUACGAAUAAUGGUUUGACUACCAUGAGUGCUACUCGCAUGUCGCAGUCUCAGAGGAAGAAGCAGCAGCGGCAACAGCAGAAGCAGCAGCUCCUGGGGAAGCAACAGCGGCUGCUGCACUUGACGUGGGUGCUUAUAACGCCCCAUCCGCUGCAGCCUUGCCCUAGCAAGGGCCUUGGGAGCCUCUUUCCCUCCAAGAAACACUCCUGUGAAGGAUCGCCUGUCCUCUCUGUCUCCUCCCCACAUCUUAGACCCCGAUGCUGCGGAAGCACCGAAGCAGCAGCAGAGGGCCUUGGGUCGUGUUUGAAUAUCCGACUACUGUGUCUGUGUCUUCCAGCUAUCGAAGUGGAAACAGAUGCCUUCUCGGCAGCAGCAGAAGCUGUCGCGAAUAUUGCGGAGAACUCGACAGCGACGGCUGCAUGCGCGGAUCUGGAGGAACGAGGAGACGUGCCGUCAGGGGGCCCCUCAAAUGACGCAUGUCAUUCCUUAGGAGCUGCUACUGCUGCUGCUGCUGCUGCUGUACCUUCUGAGGAUGUCGUUUCUUCAUUCUCCUGCAAUUGUUCUCCUGAGGACGGCCCUGGGGUUGCUGAUCGUUUGCCUCUCCGCUUACCGUCAUCACCACCAUUACCACCUCCGCGUCUGUGGCCAGUCGCUGUAUGUUCAUUUCACGCGAAGGGGAAACGCUUCCUGGCGCAUGCAAUAGUUUGUUGCGCCCUUCGAGCAGGAGAGACACUGCAGACGGCGAGGACACUACUCUGGUGCAAAGAGAAGCGGCAAAGUGCUACUACCCGCGAAGAAAAUUGUGAGCCUCUAGGGGCAUAUAGCAACAACAGCAAUACCAGCAAUAACACCAGCAAUGGGAAGGCGAUAAGUUUCUGUCUGCAGCAGCAUCCCCUGGCAGUCUUUGUGGGUUUGGCCGCAGUAGGCACUUCAGCAGGUCGUGUCCUUUGCACGACGCCUCCCAGGUGUCUUAUUCGGCGUUGCUGCUGUGGGGGCUCCUGUGUGCCUCUGCUCGUGAGCAAAGAGGCGCUGGGGGAGCAAGAAGCGGUUGGCGAACAAGGAGGUGGACUGGCAGCUAGCUGGGCACGCAGCAAGCACGACGCUGAGGCCUUUCAGCCUGCGUCUGCAAACAGCUACAAAAGCAGCAGCAGUCACUGCAGUGGCAAAAGUAGCAGCUGUAGCAGCAGCAGCAGCAGUAGCAGCGGCGAUUUUGAUGUGUCUGACACUGCAGCGCUGGCAAGUCGUGGUGUUGCCUUCAUGGAAGUCGGCACAUUUGGGGAGGGGGGAGGCGCAGUGGAUUAUAUUGAGCUCGUUCGGGGAACGCCUUGGGAGUCGAAGGAGGCAGUGUGGGGCCCUCCUCAGCAGUCACUGCAGCGUCAGCAGCGUGACUUCUCUUGGCAUUGGUGUAGAGCCCCCACGGCAGCAUCGGGGGGCCCCCUGCCCGAGGUUUCGGGGAGGGGCCCCCUCGAGCUGUCUCCCUUGACGUCGCGCGCUCCUUUUUGCGGCGGCAUAGAAGCAGAGGCCCUCUGGAUUUUCGCAUGCAGCAAGACAUCCGGUAUUAAGGUGUUUCGAUUUAUGUGGGGUGUCCAGGAGGGACAGGGGGGGGAGGAGGAGGCAGCAGCGGCGGCUGCAAGAAGACGAUCCCCAGAGCACGGCAACAACGCGAAUCAGAGCGUUUGUGGGGUUUGGAAGUGCAUGCUGACGAUUCGAGGAAGCUGUGCAAUUGUGUCUUUGGACUUGGUGAAUGGCGUCCUUGCCGUGUGCACUCCCACGGAUGCGCGCGUUUGUUUUUUCUGCUUUCGACAUCUGCUUCCAUCUCACGUCUACGUGGCUUCUUCGACUGCCUGCCCGAUCGUCUCCUCUGCAGAUCUCUCGGUGAUGGGAAGCCUUGAGAACCUUCCGUGGCCUCAGCGGAUUUCUGGGGAGGGCUUUCUUCCUGUGCAUCAGCCCAAGUUUGCUGCUGCGUUGUUAUCGCCUGCCGAAUGCGCGCGUCUGGAGGUGUUGUCUGCAAGGAGGCCUUCCUUCCUGCAGCCUCUGGGGGGCAGGCGAUGGGCUGUGAUUGACGGGGCAGUCAUUCGCGUCGUGCAGCUCGACAUCCACGAGACGGAUUCGCUGUGGCGGCUUUACGAGGCGCCUUUUGAGGAGGCAUGCGAUAAUCGCGAGCAGCAGCGCAUGCUCUCUUGUGGCGAUCCGCUCGAUCGUCUCCCUCUUCAGGAUCUCAGGAGGCCUCUCGCGACGCAGCGAGCAAUUCCCUGGAUUUUUAAGCCUCGAAAGGCCCCCGAGAUGCAGUGUGUCCAUCUGUGUGUCUUUUCGCAUCCCCGCGCGAUCUACCAGUGCGCCUUCGACGGCAUCCGACGACUCGUGACAGUCGACUUGCAGGAAAAUCUGAUCGUGUGGGAUACGCAGAAGCUCACGAAGCUCUUCGGGAUGAAUCUCCUGGCGUCGGGGGAGGAGGGAAGGGCAAGGCGGAGGAGGAGCUUGCGACAGGCUUCGCAGGCAGUCGCGGAAGAGGAGGAUGACGAUGAGGACGAAGACGAUGACGAAGACGACGUGGAGAAGGGCAGCCGAGGCGACGGCAAGCCUCUUAUAGAGCUAGAGAUCACGAGCGAGGAUUUGGAAAGCGAACAUGAGCCGCAGCGAUCCUCUAGACGCACUGGCGUGAGGAGAGGAGGUUCGCGGCAGGGGGCCUCCCCCCCUCUCUGCUGCCAAACGCGGUUGCCUCAUGGAUGCCCCCACAUCACGAGGACUGGUGCUGCACCUCGGAAGGCUGGGAAAGCCAGUCUGAAGAAGCAACUGGCGACAGGGGCAUGGCUGCAGAGACAGCUCCUUGCACACCGCUGCGCGAGCACAGCUUGCGUGUCUUCGAACUACGCCUGGAGACAGAGUGCUGCUGCUGCUGCUGCUGCUGCUGCUGGCUCAGGUGCAAGCAGCAGGGGCCCCCUGUACGCAGCAGAGGCUGUCUCCGUAGGAGGCCUCCUGUUUCCUCAGAGCGAUCUGGAACCGGCGCUGCAGCUGCAGACGCUGUACGAUGCUCGACAGAAAGCGGGCCCUUUUUUCGCGAGGCAUGCUCCGAGUCAGCAGCAGCUUUGGCAGCAGUCAGAAGCCCUUGAAAGCAGCCGCAGCACUCCCGAGGCGGUCUGCGCUUCGCCAAUGGUGGACGCAGGAGGAGUUUGCGCGGGGAACGCGUCUGCUGUUGGAAAGCUGUUCUCGGGAGACAGCGAUAAUCCCUCUGGUGUCUGUCAGGAGGCCGCAGCAGCAGUGUGUAGGGUGUAUGCAGAUGAAUUUCCUCCGCUUGGUGCCCUUAGCGCGUCAGGAAGACUUCCAGAAGGCCUUCCCGGAGGCUCCAGGGGGCCUUUGAGUGCAGCGGUGUCGACGAACAGGUCCGCUGUUGUUUCUGUUGGUUCUGCUGGUAGUAAUGGAAGCGCCUCCAGAGGCACUCUCGUAUCAGAUGGUGCUAAGAUCGAGGUGUCUGCGUCUGCCGUAGCCUCCGGAGUGGAUGGCCAGGGGGAUUUUGCUGGUGACUGCGGGGGUUCCUUCUGUGCGAGAGUUGACGGGGAGGAUGCACCCGAAGAGAGCAGCAAGGGAGGAGAGACUGAGCGUUUGACUUUCGCGGCAGUGGUUGCUGCCGCAGCUUCUUCCAGCGGGGGGGGGAGCGCUCCCCUGCGAAUGGGAUGGGCAUCCGGACCUCAAGAUCCUUUGGUGCCUGCGCUUGUGAGUGUCUUGGGGGGGGAAGGCGUGAGGGCCUUGCAGGAGACAGCGGCUGCGCUGGGAGUCUCCGCGGAGGAGCUGUACGUGGAGCAGACGGCGCAGUGGGAGGCGUUGCAGCAGAGACACGGCGACGACGGCCAUGGCAGUGGCCAAAGAGAGAUCGUGGAGAGGAGUCUGUCAACGCAGCGGAGGGAGAAGAGUGGGGAGGGGGGCCCCCAGGUGGGCUGCGGCGUUCAGCAGCAGGGGGCCCCUGGAGACGCUGAAACAGCGGCUCCUGCGAAUUCUUCGCGCGACUUUGCGUCUCCCGUGCAUUCUCCGUUGCCUCCGCCGCAUGCAUCCUCACGCUCCUCCUACUCGCCAGCGAAUUUGGGGAGCGGAUCAGGGGAGGGAGGCCUCAUGGUGGGCCUUCUAGGAAGGCAGCGAUAUGUGGCGAGGCUUGGACCCAAUGCGCAGCGCAGACACUUGAGCGCAGUGUGUGUCAGCGAAACUGCGCUUGCUCUGUUUUUCAAAGACUUGCAAGCGUGGCAGCUGUGGGCUUUUAGUCCUGCGGACGAAGAGAAGCCGAAAGAGAAGCACGCGCGGAGGCGAGGCUACAGGGCAGCAGAAAGCGGCGAUCGACAAUGUUAG